AUGAACCCCAAGCCAUACAACCACCAGCAACAGCAACAGCAACAGCAACUCCUGCUUCAACAGCAACAGCAGCAACAGAGGAACUUCGAGCAGCAGCAACAACAGCAACAGCAACAGCAGCAGCAGCAGCAGCCUCAACACCAGGCUUUCACUACUUCCGUCGUAACCGCUCAGGCUCUAGCAGCAGCCGCCGCUGCCUCCAGCCGUUCUUCAACUCCAGGCCCGCCCCAAACUCUCCCGAACCACCAUCAGAACUCCCCAUCCCAGCACAACCACGCCCACCACUACUCGCCCAUUCCCGCCGCUGCGCUUCUCGAUACCCUAAACUCCCCACGACGCGCACAGCAACCGACGGAUGUAGCUGGAGUAGACGCCGCAACGUACGCAGCCGUGGAGGCUGCGGCGGCGAGUUUAAGGAAUGCGAUUGCUGCUGGGCAUCCCUCGUUUGCAAUGACCAAUGCGCACCAGCAGGGGCAGCAGGCCGGACAUCCGCCGCGGAGUCAGCAGGUCAGGCAACAGCAGCAGCACAUUGUGUCGGCAUUACCGCCGCCGCCGCCUGCCGGUGUGAAUGGAGUUGCCAAUGUGCAGAGGGGGAUACAGCAGCAGCAACAGCAGCAGGGGGCGGCAGUAUAUAAUGGCUUUGCGACACCUAGCAGCAUGCCGGCAAUAUCUGCACCCGCCGUCCCGAUCUUCUCCUCCCAACACCCAAACGUCGUACCUCCAUCGGAAGCCUCCUCCGCCGAUCCAACCGUCAUGCCACUCCCCACCGACCCAGCACCCAUCAGCGCACCCUCCGACUCCACCGACGCCAAACCUACAACAACAAGAACACAAAAAGACCGCCGCGAAGAACUCUCCAAUGAGGUCCGCUGGCAAAUAAUUGGCGCCCACAAAGCAGGCGUCAGCAUCCACAAGAUUGCCGCCCUGUUUCGGGUGGCCAGAAGUACGGUCUCGGCGACGAUCAAGCGGUAUAAGGAAAGUGGGAGUCCAGUUCCACCGAAACGGUCGGGCAGGCCGCCGGCGGCUGCGAAAUUGGCGGCGAUGAAGGCCAAGAGGGGCAAGAGCGAGGCACCGGAGGAGGAGGAGGGUGAGGGCGAGGGUGAGGGCGACGGUGAAGGCGACGGUGUAGGGGAGAAUGAUGGGGGGGAUGCAAAUGUGGAAAUGGUGGUGGAGACUAUUGAGGCUCCUGAUGGGAAUCCUGAGGGUGAGCCUGAUGAAGGUUGA